GUUUGAGCAGCUCUUUCGUUUGCACGAUCUGCUUUUCGCCUCCCGGUGACACCGAUCCAUGGUCACCAUGGCCGCCAUGGGCGGUGUGGUGAUCUCCGAAGAGCAUGGCAUGGGCGAAAGCACUAUGAUGGCCUUCAUACAUGAGCACCUCCAAAGCAUCCUGGAGCCCUUCACCGAAAGCGUGAACGAACUGCACGGCGUGGUCAACGCACUGGUGGUGGAGAUGGAAGCUAUCCCAGCCCAUGAUCAACUACUCAAGGAGCACUCAAAGAUGAUCAGGGUGGCUCAGGCUCAGCUCGUGGCCAGCAAGCAGCGGAUCGCCGACGUCCAGGACGAACAGCAUCGCCGUUGUAGCCACCUGGAGCGCCAUGCUGAAGAGCUUGAUGCACAACUGCAGCAGGUGAAGAGUCACUGUGAAGAGGUGGAUCAGCAGCACCGCGAGAGCCGCUCUUUCCUGUGGGAUUUGCAGCAAUCCGCCAGUGCCUUGGAGCUCCGACGCAGCGAGACCACCCAGGAGAAGGAGGACACAGAGCAGAUGCAGAAAGAACUGGAGAGUUUGCAGAAAGAAGUGCACAGACUGUCAAGCCGUCAUCAGGAAGCUUUGGAGUCCAAUAGCAAGUUCCAGGCGCGGCUGGAACAGCAGAAGGACGCAUGGGAGACCUUUCUGGCGAAUCACGGGCGGCAACGACGGCAAGAAGAAUUGAGAAUGAAAGAUCUUCGAAGCGAACUCGGUGAAGCAAAGAAAGGUGUGGGGGAUGGCAAGGUGGAGUUGCGGCACCACAUGCUGAGCAUCAAAUCCCUCCAGGAGGAGCUCAGCACCUUGAGCAGACGCCAUCAGCAAACCAUGAGGAUGCAGGUGGUGCAGGAGAGGAAGCAGCUGGAAAGUGACGAGCGCCAGGCGACCUUCGUCGAACGCUUGGAGCUCUUGAAGGCUGACAUCCAGAAUGUCAUGGACAGCUUAGGCUUGACCGAGGGGGCGGCGAACUUGGUUGAGACGGUGAACAGCUUGAUGCAAAGCUCUGGGGAACAUGCCGCAGGCUUGCAGGAGCUACGCCAGCGCAGCGACGCCCACAUGGCACAUCUCGAGACCCUCCAGUCACGGGCCGAUGGUGCAGUGAAGGAGGCUGAGCUUCUGAAGCAGAAAGACCAAGAGAUCGAAGAGAUUUUCCUUGAGAAGAUCGAAGACUUGCGGAAUUCCAUGGGGCUCAAUGUGAAGCGCGACCAAGAGGAGUUUCGCAAGGAGGUGGAUGCCAGGACCAGGGGGGAUGCCGAGUGCUUGGCAAAGCUGGUGCUCCAAGAAGAGGAGACCUUACAGCUCCGGGAUUCCCUGGCUCAGCAAGGUCUCAGCAUCGAAGCUCCGGUGAAAGGUGAUCGAGGGCCGCUGUGGCCGAAGGUGCCAACCAGUGGCCGCCUGUGGUCAAACACCAGAAAGCUGCUCGCAGACCUUGCGAGCACUGGAGCAAAAGAUCUCCGGCACUCAGGAGCAGGUGUCCAGCCUUUGUGGCACGGUCGACCUCACGCAGGAGUACUGGAAGGGGCUCACCCGGGGCAUUCAAGAGACACAUCGAAAGGUCGCGUUGACCGAGCGUUUGCCCUUGAAAUCCCCGCGUCCGGCCGAUGGAAGUCAACCCCCAAGGCCGAUGAAAGCGUCAGCUCAUGUUGCACAGAUCGGAGAUACAUCAGCUUGCCCCGACACACGUCGGGUGUUGCCUCACAAGACCUGAGCUCAGCUCACCGGGCAGACCUCAGACAUCCUCAGACCCAGAGACGGAGGAAAGAGCUCGGUGACGGAGGAAAGCUCCUUGAGGAAAUGGCUCCAGUGAUGGACGAGUUAUAGACAUGGACUGAUUAGAUGCCCCUAGCCUGAAAAAAACCGACACGAAACGUUCAUUCAUUUUCGUUUAGGGAGUCUGAUGUUCCAGGGAAUUUUCAUUGUGUAAGGGCUAUUGCAACCUAGGCGCGUUGCAGCAAAUGUCCGGAAUGACACUGGGUGUUCACCGCGCGUCCGGCUCGCCAGGGGUUCAUUGCCUGCUUUGACCAAGACGGUCGGAGCAACUCCAUAAAUCAACCAUCCAAAACCAAUAAAAAGCGACACACAGAAUGGUUGCUUCAGGGUGCUUCGGAGUUUCAAGAUUGACGGAACAAUGUUCCUUAAUUGUUGGUGUUUUUUCCGC